GUUAACUUCGUUGGAAAUGGCAGCACAUCUCAAAAAGCGAGUUUACGAACAAUUAUCAGAAGUUGUCCAGCUUCUCCAAGAGGAGGCUCCAGCCAAGAAGCUCCGUCUGACCAAACCAAUUAAGUCUGCAGCGCUGCACAUUGACCUGUGUAAGGCCCCCAACCCCACUGAUAUCUUGUAGUACCUGCUGCACUUUGCCCGCAGCUCCGUGGAGGCAGAGAGUGUGGAAGGGGUGGUAAGCAUACUGCUGGAACACUACUACAAGGUAUGGUGUCUUGGCUUUAAUCCUUCCAUCCCUCCAUCUUCUCCUUCCGUCCUUUCUCUUCUCUUUCUAUCUAUCCGUCAUCUCUCUCCCUUCUCUUCCUCCUGGGACACUAUUACAAAGUAAAGUAACCCUCCUAUCCCUAGCUGCUCUUAGCAAUGUGGGUGUAUUUACAUACACUAGCGUUGCUUUCAGUUGUAUUGGGUUGCACAAAAACAGUCAGCGGAAAGACAGAAGUUCAAUAAAAUAUAAUGUCAACGUACUGUGCCAACAUACUCGCUGCUUACCUUAUGUCAAAAUAAAAGUCCUGCACAUGCGCCAUAUGUGGACAAAAAAUAAAUAACUUGUGGGGGACUUUUAUUUUGACAUGAGAAAUGCAGAUUAGAAGUGGGUCUUCUACAGACCCACGUUUGGAAAGUCUGUUUAGUAAUACAAUCUUUUAGAUAUUUUGUCAAAUUCCCCCUGUCAUAAUGACCAACCUUCCUGCCCACCGGCACAGUAAGUAGAAAUGGAAUUGUAUUUAACUUCUGGCUUCCCGCAAACUGUUUUUGGGCAACCCAAUACAAUUGAAAGCAACGCUAGUGUAUGGAAAUAGGCCCGCGUUGCCAAGAGCAGCUAUCCUCUCCCCUCCUUCCAUGGUCCCUCCUUUCUCCCCUCCUACUUUUAUCCUUUCUGCCUCUCCUUCUUCCAUCCCUUCUUUCCCUCACCUUGCUCCUGUCUCUUGCUCCUGAAUCUCUCUCAUACCUCUUUUUCAUCCCUCUCUCGCUCAUCCUCCUCUCUCGCUCAUCCCCCUUGCUCAUCGAUCUCGCUCAUCGAUCUCUCUCAUCCCUCUUGCUCAUCCUCCUCUCUCUCAGCACCUGUCAGACACAUAUUUCGGCAUGAGGAAUAAAUGCCUGCAACUCCUGAGUUGCCUGGGAAAUGUGGACACGCCCCUAAAUAAAGACGGACCGGUAUUGGUUCCAGCUAUGAUUGGGGGCGGUGCUUCAGGGGUGUCUGGCGCAGUGUGUGUGAGAGAUGCACAGAGCGUCAUCAGUGACUACUUUUCUGACCAGGACCCAAGGGUGUGCACGGCGGCCAUCAAAGCCAUGGUGUCAUCUGCCUAUCCCGUCGUCCAAUGAGCAAGUCCGCCUGGUCGACGACUCGUUUGGGAAGAUCAGUCACGUGGUCUCUGAUGGAUCCUGGGUAGUCAGGGUGCAGGCCGCCAAAACACUGGGUAACAUGUUGCAAGUCAGUCCUCACUUCCUUGAGCAGACUCUGGACAAGAAACUGAUGUCAGACCUCAGGAGGAAACGUACUGCUCAUGAGCGGGCCAAGGAGCUCUAUGCGUCUCGUGAGUUCUCCUCUGGGAUGAAAUGGGCUGAUGAUGCUCCCAAGGAGAAGGUGGACACCUCCGCUGUCAACCUGAUCGCCUCGGGGGCCUGCGGAGCCUUUGUACACGGACUGGAGGAGAUGUACGAGGUGCGUAUUGCUGCUGUGGAUGCCUUCUCUGCUCUCGCCCAAUCAUCUGCCAGCUUUGCUGAGAUGUGCCUGGACUUCCUGGUUGACAUGUUUAACGAUGAGAUUGAGGCGGUCAGGCUGCAGUCCAUCCACGUCCUCAGACAGAUCUCUACUAACACCCUGAGAGAAGACCAGCUGGAUACUGCACUGGCUGUACUAGAGGACUCGUCUCGUGACAUCAGAGAAGUGCUACAUGAGUUGCUGUGUUUCACCAAUGUGUCGACUAAAGAGUGUAUCCAACUGGCUCUGCUGGAGCUGUUGAAAAAUCUCACCAAGUACCCCACUGACCGCAACUCUGCCUGGAAGUGUCUAAAGUUUCUAGGUUGUCGUCAUCCUACCCUGGUAUUACCGCUGGUUCCAGAGCUGCUCAGUACUCACCCUUACUUCCACACCCCUGAACCAGACAUGGACGGCCCUGCCUCUAUUGCAGUGUUGGUGCUGGUGUUCAACGCAGCUCAGUCUUGUUCCACCAUGACAGCUCUGUUCUCAGACCACACAUUUAGACAUUACACCUGGGACAGCCUCUCUCACCUAGUACCUCCUCUCAGGUUACCAGGGAGGAAGCAGGCCCCAGGUGGGAGUGGUAUAGAAGGUUCCAGGAGUGUGGAGUCUGCUCAGCUGUUCCUCCAACAGAGUCAGAGCAGAGUUAGCACCAUACAAAACCUACAGGACCCCGGGGCUCAGGACCUGCUAAACUUUACUAUCAGAGAUCUACAGAGACUGGGUGAGCUACAGACAGAGCUGGCAGGGGCUGCUGACUUUUUUGCCACCUACCUCCGCUGCCAACUACUGCUCACCAAGAUGCUGGAGGAGACGUAUAAACUGGUGUUCCUAUAUAAUGGUCUGGAGAACAGACAGGUGGCCACCAUACACCAUGUCAGACUACAGGCUAAGGCCUUACAGCGAGUUCUGACUGCCCGUACUAGGCGAGGAGUUGAACCUCUCAUCAGUGUCUGUGAGAAGUUCCUUCAGGAGGUGGAAUCCUUUCAGAGGCUGUUUGUGGUGGAGCUGCCCCACCUCCAGGAAAGUUUUGUGGGGAAGCUGUUGGAUGUGAGUCCCAGGCUGUCGGCCUACAAGCCUGGAGAACUGGUCAAGAUUCUUCAGACCACACUGAGACAGAGUGGCUUCUUAAACCUUCAAUUUCCUAAACGGGUACACAGAACACAUACAUACACACACAGGUAUUUGACCCAGGUGUGGUUUGUAUUGGUUGGCAGGUCCAGCGUGCAUCAGCGACCAUCAUUGAGCCGACAGGAGAGUCUGACAACCACCUGCGUUUCACCUCUGGCCUGGUGGUGGCGCUAGACAUCGACGCUACGCUGGAGCACGUACAAGACCCCCACAACACAAAGUACAGUAUCCAGACGGCCAGUCUCAUGUGAUUCAGCCUAAACCUGGAGACUUCAGGAGUCCUGGACCACACCGCCACCGCCUCAUCACACAGGUCUACUUGUCUCACUGCGCAUGGACUGGCGUAUCAGAUCGAAGUGAGGCUGCUGCUGGCCUACAGCUCAUCUUGUCUCUAAGACAGCGUGGAGCGACAGCAGCAUUGAAGGCCUCCAGCCAGCAGAGGGUGCCACUGAGGGAACCAUUCUCUUCAGCAAACCUGUCAAGGUCUUCAUCAUGCCCAAACCUGCCUGCCGCUGACAAACACACCUCUUUAAACAUCCAUCUCCCUUUCCCUAUCCUCUUCCUCUAGUCUUUUCUAUCUUGUCUGUUGUCUUCUCCCUCUCACACCCCUGACCUGCUUCUCCUCAGCCAUUGGUGCAGACUCAAAGCUGGUCCUUCCUUACUGUGUUCAUUUUUACAAAACAAUAUAUUUGUUAGUGGCUGGCUGACUAGCUGACUGGCCUUUAUUCUCAACUAGAAUGAGAAUGCGUCCCAAAUAGGUCCCUAUUCCAUAUAUAGUGUACUACUUUUGACUACUGUAAAGGGAAUAGGGUGCCAUUUGGAAUUCCGCACGAGACUAAGCCAGAGUAUCACUGAGGUCACCUGUCUGAUCUAUGUGUUGCUAUUCCUAGUUGCUAUAGUUAAGGACAAACUUUUUUUGAAUGAAUGAAUGAAUGAAUGAAUGAAUGAAACCAGAUGGUAUGUGGUAUGAUUUCAUCAGCAGGUAGAGUGGAAGACGCCACCCACCUUGGCUCCCUGGCCAACCAGGUUGUUGUAUUCUGUGAUGGCCUUCACGGUCUGCAGCACCCUCAGUUCCACUCCUCUCUGUCACACAAAGUCCACACUUGAGGAAGGGACCUUUUUAAAGAGAGCGUGUUCAACAUUGCAGCUGACUUUAAAAGACAAAUUCCACCUGAAAACUAUCAUUUUGUUUUUGUUUCAUUAAUCCAUUGUUGACAUAGUCUCAACUUGAUUGCUGACAAGCGAAACAACAUUUUUUCAAGAUACGUAACAUUUCCAAAUACAUAAAUCAUUCCCUUCUGAUGCAAUUUGUAUCAUAUUUUGCUGCGGGGAUGAUUUCUGUAUUUUGAAAGUUAAAUCGAAUAAAAACAAUUGUAUGUCUUCACAUGCGCUGAAUACAACAGGUUACACCUUACAGUGAAAUGCUUACAAGCCCUUAACCAACAAUGCAGUUUUAAGAAAAUUCCCCCCCCCCCAAAAAAAAAGUAAGAGAUGA